UUGGCUCCCCAUCACAGAGGACUUGAUUCUGAUUGGCUCCUGAUCACAGAGUACUUGAUCCUGAUUGGCUCCCCAUCACUUCAGGACUCUGAACCCACGGACAUCAGCUGGAGAGCAGCCAUGGACGUCCUCUCCUCGGUGGUGUCCCCUCUCCUCCUCCUCCUGCUCCUCCUCCUGUCCUCCCUGGCCUCCUGCACCUCCUCCAUGCUGUGUCCGAAGCGCUGCACCUGCCAGAACCUGCUGCCGUCCUACACCGUGCUGUGCGCCGAGACCGGCCUCCUCUUCGUCCCGCCCAACAUCGACCGCCAGACGGCCGAGCUGCGGCUGAUGGACAACUUCAUCACCACGCUGAGGCGCCGCGACUUCGCCAACAUGACCAGCCUGAUCCAUCUGACCCUGAGCAGAAACACCAUCAGUCAGAUCCGGCCCUACGCCUUCGCCGACCUCCAGGACCUCCACGCCCUCCAGCUGGACGCCAACCGCCUCACGUCCCUGGACGACGCCCACUUCCAGGGCCUGGUGAACCUGCGGCACCUCAUCCUGGCCAACAACCAGCUGCACAGCAUCACAGACGGAGCCUUUCAGGACUUCCUGGAGACGCUGGAGGACCUGGACCUGAGCUACAACAACCUGGUGGACAUCCCCUGGGACACCGUGGCCAUGUUGGUCAGCGUCAACACGUUGAGUCUGGACCACAACCUGAUCCAGAGCGUCCCCGAGGGGAUCUUCUCCAACCUGCACCAGCUGGCCAGACUGGACAUGACGUCCAACAAGCUGAAGAAGAUUCCUCCCGACCCGCUGUUCCUGCGGAUCCCGGUGUACGCCAAGCUGAAGGGUUCUCCUCUCACCGCGCUGGUGCUGAGCUUCGGAGGAAACCCUCUGCACUGUAACUGUGAGCUGGUGUGGCUGCGCCGGCUGACCCGCGAGGACGACCUGGAGACAUGCGCGUCCCCCAGGGACCUGGCCGGGAAAUACUUCUGGACCAUCAAGGAGGAAGAGUUUGUGUGUGAGCCACCGAUGAUAACUCGCCACACCUCCAAGAUGUUUGUGAUGGAAGGUCAGGAGGUCAGCCUGCGCUGCAAGUCCAUGGGCGACCCCGAGCCCUCGACGCACUGGGUCAGUCCGGACGGGAAGCUGAUCGCAAACACGUCCAGAAGCGUCUGCUACGAGAACGGCUCGCUGGACAUCCUCAAGGCCUCGGUGAAGGAUUCUGGAAAGUUCACGUGCAUAGCGUCGAACGCCGCCGGCGAGGCCACGGCGCCCGUGGAGCUGGUCGUGAACCCGUCUCCGCACUUUGACCCCAAGCUGGACCCGGACCCGGGGCCGUCCGACAUCCCCACCUCCAUCAAGUCCAACGCCAGCGGAGGCCACGCCCGGUCCGACCAGCAGAGGGUCAGCGUGUCGGAUCUGACCUCCGGCUCCGCCUCCAUCAGGUGGCCCCCCCAGAACCACAUCCCGGGGGUCCGCAUGUACCAGAUCCAGUACAACAGCUCCACCGACGACCUGCUCAUAUACAGGAUGAUCCCAGCCAACCACAAGUACUUCCUGCUGAGCGACCUGGCGUCCUCGCGGGACUACGAGCUGUGCGUCCUGGCCGUGUACGACGACGGCAUCACGGCGCUGACGGGCACCAAGCUGGUGGGCUGCGUGUCCUUCUCCACGGAGACGGAGUACGGACGCUGCCACUCCAUACGAGACCAGUUCCUCGGUGGCACCAUGAUCAUCAUCAUCGGGGGGAUCAUCGUGGCCUCGGUCCUCGUCUUCAUCUUCAUCCUCCUGAUGAAGUACAAGCUGCACAGUAACCACGACAAGCAGAAGGCCGCCGCACGCCACGCCAACGUCUGCUCGCAGACCAACGGAGGAGGAGCAGGAGGAGGAGGAGGAGGAGGAGGAGGAGGAGGAGGAGGAGGAGCAGGAGGAGGAGACACCGUCCUCGCUCUGCCUCCGUCCUCCUCCUCUGUGGGACAAGGUGUGUGUGACUACAGAGACUACCUGUUCAAACUUCUUCUGAUUGGUGACUCUGGAGUUGGAAAGUCAUGUCUGCUGCUGCGCUUCGCGGAUGACACCUACACCGAGAGCUACAUCUCCACCAUCGGAGUCGACUUCAAGAUCAGAACCAUCGACAUGGACGGGAAGACGGUGAAGCUGCAAAUCUGGGACACAGCCGGGCAGGAGCGGUUUCGAACCAUCACCUCCAGCUACUACAGAGGCGCUCACGGCAUCAUCAUGGUCUCUGAUGUUGGGGGAGAGUCCUGAGUGCUGACCGUCACACGAUGGGUUGUAAAUACUUGAGGCCAACAAGGCCAAACUGAAACCUGUUCAACCAGUUUACACAAACUUUUCUGUUUUCAAACGAUCUACAAGCGGCUACAA